UUAUGUUAUACUAUCAGGUCCCGUUGGCGCAGUUGGCGUUAUGACAAAAGUGGGGAAACGUUGGUUACCCUGAGCUAGUUUGACACUUGAAGUUGGUUGGUGGCCAUGGAAAUUGAUUCGGCACUUGCAAUUGUUUUGCGAUGCAACUCUUCUGUAUGUUAUUUCUCUGUGGUGGCAGUGAGCAGUACUCUCUGGAGCAGCCUUUGAGUAACCAGCAGUUCUAACGUCAGGGUUUCGUAUUUUAGGUUAGUUGCAGCUAUGGCCCACAGCAGAUCCCCCUCGCCCUCACGUCGACGUCGAAGCAAAUCUAGAGAACGUGACCGAGACAGGGAUCGAGAUAGAGAUCGUAGGCGACGCAGGUCUAGGGAAAGACGACGUAGAUCUGUAGAACGUGACCACAGGCACAGACGCUCUCGAUCCUGGUCUCGAUCUCGGUCAAGGUCAAGAUCUCGCAGCAAAGAAAAGACCAGGCCAAGACAUCUUUUGGCUGAACGACCUCCAAUCACAGAGGCUGAUUUGGAAGGAAAGACCCCAGAUGAACAAGAGAUGAUGAAAAUGAUGGGUUUUUGUACUUUUGAUACAACAAAGGGUAAGAAGGUGGAUGGAAAUGAUGUAGGCACAGUUCAUGUAAUAUUAAAACGUAAAUAUCGUCAGUACAUGAAUCGGAAAGGUGGUUUCAACAGACCAUUGGACUUUGUGGCUUGAGUUUGUUCGUUUUGGAGUUUAACUUUGUGUGGGAGCAUUACUUGUUUUCAUUGUUAUCGGUUCUCAGCCUGAUAACAGUUGUAGAGAAAUAGAAUUGAUGUAUUUGAGAAAUGAAACUGACCUACAGCAAUGUAAAAGAACUGUUUCUAUAUUUUGUCAAUGUAUCUUAAUAUGACUUUUGAUGAUCACUUGCCAUGAAGGAGAAAUGAAUUCAUUAAAGGGAGUAUUUUGCGAUUUAAAUUGGGUAAUUGUUUCUAAGAAAGUGUGAUUUAGUCAAUUUUGUGUGAGAUAAUGAAACAAAACUCAAGUGAACAUUACAUUUAUUUUUUCUUAUUAUUAAAUUAAAAUUUCUUAGCUAAAAUGUUCUGUAAAUACUGUAUAUUUUCAGAAGGAAAACUGAUAAGUUGAGGUGGUUUUUAGCUGGUUUUGAAUAUAUUACAGUAUUAUUGAAUUGAAUAUCAGAGGGGUCCUUUUUUAUUUCAUAAUUAUUAAUGAAUUUGCAGUUUAAUUAUUUUCAGAAUUUUGAUCCUCCAAGAAAUUAUUUUCAUACUUGCUAAGCUGUGAAUAAUCCAUAAAAUAAAAAAAUGUUGCAGUUGAAAAGACAAAACAUUAUUGAAUAUUUGAAUCCUUCCAUAUCUGAUAAUAACAUGCUAGACAAGUUUGGGAAUAAGUAUGCCUUGAUUUCUUAGGUGAAUUGAUCUUCAAUGUUUGUUCACCAUUUCACAAAAAUUUAGUUAAGGUCUUGCAAAAUGGUACCUAUGUUUCAUGUGCAAAAUAAAUUAUGAAAUUGACCUUAAACCUCAGUUUAUAUUGCAGUACAGUGUGUAUAAAACAAAUAAUCAAUAAAUUGUAAUAAUCUUUUACUAGUA